CCAAUAUGCCGGCGACGAAAAGUCACUCGAAAGAACGCACCGCAAGGAUCCCCGCAGUCGUCGAAAGGGCUCAAGCGCUGAUUUUGGAGGGCCCAGGGCAAUCGUUGCGAAAAUUGGCGUCGUUUGUGGAUGUAAGCGAGCCAACAAUGCGUCGAAUUGCCGAGGAGGAUCUUCGAUACAAAUCGUACACACUCAAGAUACGACAGAUACUCUCAGGCUGGCUCAACUGGCUCUCAGACAAUGUCGAUAUGUUUUGGUCCAAAGAAUUCUGGCCUCCUAAUAGCCCAGAUUUGAAUCCCUCGGACUACUACGUAUGGAGCGUAGUUGAAAGGGUUACCAACAAGUCCCGACAUCCCAAUGUGACGUCAUUAAGGACUACCAUUGAGGCAGCAUUCACCGGCAUGGACAGCACUGCAUUACAGCGUGCGUGCGGACGCUUCAGACUGAGAAUAGAGGCCGACAUUCAAGCUAAUGGCGGAUAUAUUGAAUAAUUAUGGUCUAUAGGGAUCCCCCAAGUGCCAUGCAAAAGGAUUUUUUCUAAUACUUAACUUUUCAUUCAUAAACUUUUGUUCAAAGAAAUUGGUCGCUUUGUCCGGAUUUUAGCGCCGCACCCUGUAUAUAACUUUAUAGAUUU